GCGCGCAAUGACUGGCCAGACGUUUCAGAAGAUGACGACGUUGACCACCACCAAUACCACCCAUUCCUUGGUCGAAUCCUUCUGGGAUGCCACGCUCUUCGCAGGACUUGAUGAAGUUGGAUUUGCAGGUUCGCUGAUGAUUUUCUUCGGAGUGACAGUGAGUUUUCUCCUUCAACUUCUUUUCUGCUGGAUUGUGGUCACCUGCUUUCUCGGCAACGAUAACAAAUACGACCUGGCAUAUCUCCGAGAGUGGCGCGUGCUCUAUGGGCACAGUGUCAACUUUUAUGAUCACACCUCAGGAGCAUCUUUGGUGAGCAAGGUAUGUCAAGGCCGACCCUUUGAUAGAGAAUAUUGGAACAACGCUUUGAUCAACGAGAUCAAUUCCUACCUGCGUCCAGUCUUCGCUAACCUGCCAGGCUUCACCAUAGGAGUAGUCCUUUGCUCAAUGGCUUUGAUGAUUUGGGCAUGCCACAUCAGCACCGAGCUGCAGCAAGUGGGCAGUUUUGCAUCGGCUAUCUACCGCUUGCCGCGGGGCACGACCCAUGUCUCCCUGAAGAAGGGCACACGUUGCAUCGAAUCCAUCAGCUGCCGUCGUCUGAUUUUGCUGAGCGGUGUGGUUGCUGCGCGGUCGAGCAUUGCGGUAAUGCUGGGCAUUUCAGGAGGGAUGUGGCUGUGUCAAACUCGUGAUGUCACCAACAUCAUGCUGAAUGCCGUUGCUCUUCUGUUCAUCCUUGAAAUUGAUGACCUGCUUUACAAGGUGCUGGCCCCCAAGCACGCCAUGCAAUACUUGCAUUCCAUUCGGGAGUUCGAGGUUGGAAGCAGGAAGACCUGGGCUGGUAUGGACCUGUCCAGCAUCAUGAAGCUGCUCGUGUUGGUGGUCACCGUGGUCCUCUUCUGCCGCUACGGUAUCUAUCAAAACGCCCUGCAGGCUCAACAUGCUCGAGAACUGUUGUGUGGUGGCAACUUGAACUUCGUGUAUGGCACCCACCCCAGUCUUGGCCCUAUUUUCAUCACUGAGACUGAAGAUUACAACUUGACGCGCGCGGCGAGCAUGUUGCCAGGGAUCCGGCCAUUGGUCACUGAUGUGGUCUUUCAGUUCAGCCCCGAGCAGGUAAAAAAAUGGAUGUGGCGCGUGAACCUCCCAGGUCGAGGGGAUUUGGCCGUGAAGCACUUACCCUCUGUGGGGGAUUUGCAAAAAUGGUUGGCGAUGAGCGACCAGCAAGCACCAGAGGAAACCGGCUAUGGGUCCAAGAGUUACGGCACGUUCUGCAAAGAUAUGCCUUGGGAUGAAAGCUAUUGGGAGGCAGAUUGGGUGUGGUCCACUGUGAAGGUUCUCACGGGUGCAACCAGCUGCCAGGAGGCGCGACCAUUCUGCGACAAGAAGGAUGUGCCUUUGGUGCGGAUGUUAUGCCCACAGACUUGUGGUUGCACCCAGCCGGACAGUGGACUCUUUGUGGACAAUGGGUGCCGGCAGCUGUGCCAAAAGGAGGAAGAGUUUGAAGGAAGCCUCAACACGACCAAGUGCGUGGAAUCUCCCGAUAUCCACAAGUCAAAGGUGUGGCAACGCUGGUGGAAAGGCUUCUACGAUAAGAACACGGGCACAUGGUCGGAGGACAAUGCGAUGAUGAAAUUUGCCAAGAGUGGAGCACCUGGCAAUUGUUCCUUCCUCAGCUCCAAAGAUUGGAUUGCAGGCAGCUUCUGCAGUCACAAGGAUGGCCAGCGCCCGGGCACCGUGAUGUGUCCGAUUACUUGCGGUUGUCGUGAUGGCAAGGGGGACUGGUGCCCCUCGGGUAAGGCCAGCUGCAAAUAGGCCGUGGGAUAAUUUUUUCCCACGGCGCGCAGCUGAAAGCUGGUGUUUGAAGGAGUGGCGUACUCAAGAAGUGAUG